UGUACUUUGACUACCACAUGGACCCGGCCCUUACUUGAGUCUUGUCCAAAAACGUCGUCUAUUUCAUCAUCAUCAUCGGGAGGAUCCCUCGCAGCUAUGCUGGCCUUCGCUCUAUCAAUAAGCUCUCCAACGCCGCGUUUCGUCAAAUUAUCAGGCCUGUACAAGACAAGUUCGCCGCGAUCGUAAUUGUGCAGCACCUGGUGCUCCCGAUGAACCACGUUUCAGAGGUCGCGGCGCGGUUGACUCGACCACAGAAGUCGAUUGGGUGCGAGGACGUUUCUGAGGUCGCGACAUGGACACUGCCAUUGAAAACCCGCUUUCCUUUCUUGAGGAUAUAUUUUUCCAAGCUUUCCUCAUGCAUGUACGCCAGCGCACGGUUGGAACUCCGCUCGCAGGGGUUACAUUUUUGUUCUAUAUCAUUUUUUUUUUGGAUACGGACGACUCACGAGGGGACAACAAUAUCCUUGAUCGUUUGUCAACGAUGCGGCUCAGAAAAGUGCAACAGCGAUUACCCUUCGGGACCGCCCGUAAAAAAAAAUGCACCUCAUUCUCAAACACUUUUUAAAGCUUGCUCUGAAUAUCUACAUGCCAGGAAUACUUUAACUCACUUCGGGUUCGCCAUAGUUCCUCCGACAUCCCUUCAACAAGAUAGAUAUUGCAUCAAAUCUCAGGGUUGUGAGUGGCGAAGGUGAUACACCUCAACCCCAUCA